AAUCUGAAAUAAAUAAAUAAAAAAAACAAAACAAAGAACUUUGCUUCUUCUUUUUUUCUUCUCCUCGUCGGUCUGGUUUUACAUGGGGAAUGUAACGUCGAACGUGGCUGCAAGAUUUGCAUUCUUCCCACCAGACCCACCAACGUACGAGGUUAAAAAGGAAGAAGAUGGGCGGCUGGUUCUGCAAGGCGUACCGGCCGACAAGAACAUGGAUGUUCAUUUGCUCGAUACCAAAGGCGGUAAUAAGAUCGUCGCAACCUUUUGGAAACACCCCAUUGCUCGUUUAACGCUAUUGUAUUCCCAUGGAAAUGCUGCCGAUUUGGGGCAGAUGCAUGAACUCUUCACCGAGCUCAGGUCCCAUCUUCGGGUUAAUAUCAUGAGUUAUGAUUAUUCAGGAUACGGAGCAUCCACUGGCAAGCCAUCCGAAAUCAACACGUAUCAUGACAUAGAGGCGGUGCACAAUUGUUUAAAGGACAAAUAUGGAGUUAAGCAGGAAGAUUUGAUUGUGUAUGGCCAAUCUGUCGGAAGUGGACCGACUCUCCAUUUAGCUUCUCGUUUAAAGAAACUCGGCGGCGUUGUUCUUCACAGCGCCAUCCUUUCCGGCCUUCGGGUCUUAUAUCCGGUCAAGAUGACGUUCUGGUUCGAUAUCUUCAAGAAUAUCGACAAAAUCCGGCACGUCAACUGUCCAGUUCUGGUUAUUCAUGGAACGGAAGAUGACAUUGUCGAUUGGUCACACGGGAAGAGAUUGUGGGAACUUGCUAAGGAAAAAUAUGAUCCUUUAUGGGUGGAGGGUGGUGGCCAUUGCAACCUCGAAACAUUUCCGGAGUACAUUAGGCAUCUACGCAAAUUCAUAAAAGCGAUGGAGAAGCUUUCGAUUACGAAGCCGGCUAAACAGCUUACGUCUACCCCAAGCAUUGCAGAAACUAACCACUGUAAAUGCUUGAGAUUGAAGACGAAGCGAAGUGCUUCGACAAAGGAAUCAUGAGUCCGAACACGUAUAGUUUCAUUGUCCUGCCCCAUUGAAUGGCAGCGGGGCUUGAUCUGUUUCUCUGAAAUUUAUAAAUUGAUAGGGAUCAUA